GGAGGGUGCUGCUGCUGAUGAUGAUGAUGAGGAGGAGGAGGAAGGGGACGGGGAGGAGGAGGAGGAGGGAGCGGAAGCUGAGGAGGAAAUGCGGCCGGCCGGCACCCAACCCGCCUCCCUCAUGGGCGGCGAGGAAGGUGAAGAGGUGGAGGGCGUGGGCUGGAGGGCUGACCUAAGCCCGCAGCAGCAGCAGCAGCGGCCCUCCUCCUCCCCAGCAGCAGCAGCGGGCCGCAGUCCCGCCGGUCCGCUGCUCGCCGGCGCUACCCGUAGGCGGGGUCGGCCCCCCCUGCGUUGGUUGGGUCGCCCCUUCCUGGCCUCAAAGCAACAGCAGCAGCAACAACAACAACAGCAGCAGCACCCGCAGCAGCAGCAACAACAGCAGCACCUUGCAGCGCCGGCCCCCUCCUCGCCCUCCUCCUCACCCUCUUCCUCGCGCUCCUCCUCACCCUCCCCCUCGCACUCCUCCGCAUACUCCUCCUCCCCCCCACCCAACCCCCCACCCAACCCCUCACCCAACCCUCAUCGCAUGAAGCCGGCUCGUCGGUGUUUAUCUUACAAGCACCAGCCCAACGCGUUGAAGCAGCUGAAAAAAUUGGAUCCGAGACGCGACGUGUUAUAUGCGUUCUACAAGGGCCAUUGGCAGCGACGCGGACCCAACCAGCCGACCGUUUGGCGCUUCCGGCUGGGUGAUCUGGUGCGAUACGCGCUGGCCGUCUGCCCCCCCGGCGCCUCCUACACAGACGUGCUGCCCAACCGCAAGGGCGGCACACCCGUGCGACUGCUGUACACUCCGCAGCCGGAGGAGAGCGCAGCCAUGGCGGCAGCCGCUGCUGGUGGUAGCGGCGGGGGGCGGGAGUGUGUGGUGCUGAUGCCGCGACAGUGGUUCCAGCUGGCGGGCGGGGGCAGGGCGAGGACCAUUCGGUGGCAGGUGAAGGUGGAGGUGGCGCUGCUGCCGCGCGAGGAGCAGCAGCAGAACCAGGGGGCAGUCAAGGAGGAGGACGGUAUGCGGUGGGUGCCCUACUCGCACUGGCGCGGCUGCCAGCCCAACUGGCAGCUGCCGGGGGCGAGACGACAGCAGCAGCAGCAGCAGCGGGGUG